AUGGCGUUCGACACACCUGUGCUGGCUCUCUUGCUCGUAGUAUUCGCGUCUAUUCUUGAAGUAUUUUUGCUAUGUUUAGCUGGAUACGUCCUCGCAUGGAAGGGCAUUCUUGAUAAACGAGUCCAGAAAGCACUGAACCGCAUGAACAUAUCUCUCUUCACACCGUCUCUCCUCUUUGUCAAAGUAGCGUUCUUCCUUUCCCCAGGGAAACUACGGGAACUGUGGAUCAUCCCUAUAUUUUGGGUUAUUUUAAAUGGCACAUCGUUCCUCAUCUCAUACACGCUUGGUAAACUUUUCCUUGUGAAAAAGUCCCAAAGGAGCUUCGCAAUGGCUGCUUCCAUGUUCAUGAAUUCGAAUUCUUUUCCGACCGCUUUGAUGCAGAGUCUGGUAAUAUCUGUCCCGGGCUUAAAAUGGGGCGAAGAUGACAACAAGGACAUCAUGCUGGGUCGCGCGUUGACCUACCUCGUGUUUUUCAGCACCCUAGGCAUGAUGCUUCGCUGGAGCUUUGGUGUUCGUCUUUUGACUGCCGCUGAUGACACUCCGGUUCCAAAUGGAGGGCAUCGUUCAAGCCCACUACUUUCGGACAGUGAAGUCAUCGCACACCCUUCGGCUGAGGAGCAACAAAUAUUCAGCCAUAGUUCAGCGAUACAACCUUCCACUUAUGUAGAUCACGACAAUGACUCAUUGUCAAGUGGGGGUAACACAAUCUCGCCUGAAAGAGCCCGCGAGGACAAUGAUUUGUUGCUCCCUCCAGGGAACGCUAUCAUCCACUCGUUUCCCAACUCACCCACUCGAAAGAAUAGAAAUUUGUCAUCAGAAGCCCUUAUUCCACCGUUAUCCUCUGAUGACAUCAACGUAUCCGAUCAAGAAGACGAUAUCAUCCCGGUAUACCGACGUCACUUCACACAGCCUACGUCCACGCGGAUGCAGUCUAUUCGGAGGCGUUUCCGCCACCGAUUGAGUAGCUCUUGGACUAAGAUCAAUCAGUUCAUGUCAGCUCCAUUGUGGGCGUCAUUGCUCUCGCUUUUCGUGGCAUGCGUACCUCCAUUCCAGCACAUAAUGGAAGAUCAUGUCCAACCAAUCAAAGGCGCUCUUACGUCUGCUGGCAACUGUUCUAUUCCGCUGACACUCGUGGUUCUUGGCGCGUACUUCUACACCCCACCUGAUGAAGCUCGACAAGACCGACCGGAGGGCCUAAGUACUAGGAGGUCGUCCGUGUCGCUUCUCAGCAACUUGCAAGAUGUCUUCAAACUGAAACCCACGAUAGGUCGGAGGAACAAGACACUGUUAAGCGCCUCCUCGGCGCCAAGUGAUUCUGGGGAAACCACGACAGUCAUCAUUGCUGUAUCGUCGAGGAUGAUCAUCACACCCUUACUGCUUCUGCCCCUUAUGGCGCUAUCGUCCAGAUAUGAUCUACACAACGUUUUUGAAGACCCUGUAUUUGUUGUUUCGACUGUGCUACUGAUAGGCUGUCCUGUGGCGUUGACGCUCGCUCAGAUCUCCCACGCUGCAUCGAAUGAUGCUUUCGAACGACUUAUCAGCCGGACUAUCUUCUGGUCUUACUGCAUACUCGCAGCCCCCGCGAUGAUUGUCUAUGUCGUCAUUGGCCUACUUCUAGCCAAGUUAUGAUGAAAGUUGCAUAUAACUCUUCCAUUUGAUUUUUAGAAACGCUUUUUUUUGCUCACACUUUACUCACUUUACCUCCCCUGAUGGUCCUAUUGCUUAUCCCACUGCUGUCCCAUAGUUGUACGUUCCAUUUUCAUUCUGGAUAUCUUCUGAAUCUGCCCAAAGGUUUACAUCAUUUCUAUUUUUCCUUUCUAGAUCUUAGUUUCUCACCGGUCUGAUUUUUUCACAUGUCCAUACAGUAGCAACAUAGAAUGAACACAGUGUUCCAUACAAUAUUUGAACUUAAAGGUGGAUGAGAAAUGUAGAUAGGACGUAACUUACGUUACUUAGACCUCUGGAGCGAUCUUAUCAUGCUGC